UACGUACCUACUUGGAAUCUCCCCUCACGAACAUUCAAUGUCUAACAAACAGCGGCUCGUUCUCUCCAUUUUGGACUUUCUCAACGACUCCAUCAAGGAUGGUACAGUCAAACAGGAUGAUCAAGAGUCUCUGGAAGUUGCCAGUAUGUUUCGCCACUAUUUCCGACAAUUGGAAUUCAUAGAAUUAAUGGGGCGAUGUACAGUCCAAUGUAUUGGAGAGGCCUUCGGUGUCGAUCCCACUGACGAACCUCAAAGAGAUCGUCUAAGCGUGAAGCCCGCUACUUUGCAAUCUAUCUUCGAUGUCUUCCUCAAAACCAGGGAUAAACUGGCCCCCUCUGCACCUGCGCCCAGUACCUCAACUCCCAGCUCCUCGAAACUCAAGGGCCCAAGCCCUGAAGACAAGUCUGCUGCGGAGGCUUUGAAGGCCAAGGGGAACUCAUUCAUGUCAAGCAAGAAUUAUGACGAGGCCAUUGCUUCUUAUACCAAGGCCAUUGAAUUGGACCCGACGAAUGCUGUGUACUACUCUAACCGUGCUGCUGCUUAUUCGAGCAAAGGCAGCCACGACGAAGCUGUCCUCGACGCCGACAAGGCUAUCGAGGUUGACCCGUCUUUCGUCAAGGCAUAUCACCGUCUAGGUCACGCUUACUACUGCUUGAACGACUACAAAGCUGCAGCUGCAGCAUUCCGCCGCGGCUUGGAACUCGACCCAAGCAAUGCUUCUCUCAAGACCGGCCUUCAGAACGCUGAAGCCCGUGCGACAGAUUACGAUGACCUCCCUGACCUAGAACCCGCCCCAAGCUCUGCACCAUCAGCCGGCGGUGCACCAGGUGCUGGAGGUCUUGGUAACAUGGCGGAGAUGCUUAGGAACAUGGGUAUGGGUGGUGCUCCCGGUGCUCCCGGUGGAGGAGGAGGCAUGCCUGACCUGGCCAGUCUCAUGAAUAACCCGCAGAUGAUGCAAAUGGCUCAACAGAUGAUGGCCAAUGGUGGCAUUGAAAGGUUGAUGUCAAAUCCGAAUGUUGCGAACAUGAUGAAUCGCAUGCAAGGCGGGAACAUGCCAGAUAUGUCUGAGCUGAUGUCGGACCCAACCCUUCGUGACAUGGCUGCCCAAUUUGGUGGUGGUGGACGUUAACAAGGAUAUUUAGCCGAUAUAUAGAGUGCGAGCGCGAUGUAUACGAAGAUUAUAAUGGUGUAUCACACUGUCCACAGGCACCUGAGUGCGAUUGAGGAACCACUGAGAUGAUUCGCUGCUAGAAUGAGAUGAGCAUCAAAAGAAUAAAGCAGACUUUGGUGAAGGCACUACCAGGGCUCAAACCUGGGUUUUGGGAAUUUAAUAUCAGAAUCCCAAGUGAUACUGUAACCACUAAACUAUAGUGCCAUGGCCAUACCAAAUACCAAUUUAUUAAUGAGUUUUUCAGC